UCUCUAUAGUGUGUAUAGCAGACUCGCUCUAAGUCAAACUACUGCGCAAUGGCUCUUGUUCCGAAAGCGACUCUCCCUCUCUCUCUUUUGCUCUUGCUUCCGAUUCUGUUCUUGGCUACAACAACACGAUCGGAUUCUAGAGAAGAAGAGUUCUCCGAGGAGUUGCUUCUUAAGCCCUUGCCGGAUCGCAAGGUUCUUGCGCACUUUCACUUCCAAAGCGAAGCUCCUCUCGCCUCCGAUGAUUCCUUCGCAAGUCACCACCAUCUCUUCCCCAAAGCUAUUUCUCAGCUGGUCCAGAAAUUUCAUAUUAAAGCUAUGGAGUUAUCUUUCACACAAGGUAGGUGGAACUAUGAAAGAUGGGGUGGAUUUGAUCCAAUAUCAAGCCGCAAUGCGAAGCCUCCUGGAGUUGAAUUGUGGGCAGUCUUUGAUGUCCCCUUACAUCAGGUUGAUGCUUCUUGGAAAAAUUUAACCCAUUCAUUGUCUGGUCUCUUUUGUUCUUCAAUCAACUUCCUAGAGUCUUCAACCUCUUAUUCUGCUCCUAAAUGGGCAUUUCAAUCAGCUUUAGGCAGUUUAAGAUAUGGUACACUUCCACGUGAAGCUGUCUGCACUGAAAAUCUUACUCCCUGGUUGAAACUCCUUCCUUGCCGAGAUAAAGCUGGACUCUCCGCCUUAAUGGAUAGACCAUCUAUUUACAGAAGCUUUUACCACUCUCAGCGAUUGCACUUGACAAUAUCCGAUGCUGCUGCAGAUGGGUUAAAUUCAGGAGUUAUUCUAGAACAAACACUCACUGUAGUACUUCAGCCUAAUAUUCAGAGCGCUGGUGUGAAUUAUGUCGGUGAAACAAAGAUGCAACCAAGCUGGUCUCUUAGUUCAAUAUUUGGAAGAAAAAUCAAUGGAAGAUGUGUUCUUGCCAAGUCGAGUAAUGUUUACCUUCAUGUUGAGAGAGAUCUAGUCACUCUACUUGAGAAACUCCAGAAGAAUACUGCUAUAUUUGCUGCAAAUGACACAGGUGCUGAAGAUUUUAGUAGGAACGUUGGAUUUGAAUUAUCUGUUACUCCUGACAGGGUGCAUAAAGAAGUGGAAAAGAGCUCCUCAAUUCUGUAUGAAUAUCCAAUCAAAGAGUACAAAGACACUGAACAUUUUGAUUUAGGCCUAACAUGGAAGCAUCCGGUUGUUUGGUCCAGCCCACAUGCACCUUUAUAUGCCAGUAGAUUUUUAAUGGGAAGUGGAAAUGAAAGGGGUGCUAUUGCAAUAUCCUUGAAAUCAACAGAAUUGACUCAGGGCUUCGUUGCUGCCAAUAAUGUUGGAGAGAGGUGUAAGUUGGAAGUUAAUGUUCUCCAAAUUGUACCUUGGUAUAUUAAGGUAUAUUAUCAUACUUUACAAUUACUAGUUGAUGAAAGGCCUCGAGUAGUCACAGAUUUUGUUGAGAGAAUGCGUGUUUCACCUUCUGAAGACAAAAUAUCACCAGGGAUGAUGGAGCUGGUCCUCAAAUUUCCUUGUGAGAUUAAGUCAGCCGUAUUAAAUAUAGAGUUUGAUAAGGGCUUCUUGCACAUUGAUGAAUACCCUCCAGAUGCUAAUCAAGGAUUUGACAUUCCAUCAGCAAUAAUAAGCUUUCCUGACUUCCAUGCUGGUUUGCAAUUUUCUGAUAACUUUCAAAGCAAGUCACCUAUGUUGUCUAAAUUACAGGAAAAGAGUCCUGUUCUCUCUUACACAGAAGUUUUGCUCGUACCCUUGACAACUCCAGAUUUCAGUAUGCCUUACAACGUCAUCACAAUCACAUGCACUGUUUUUGCAUUGUAUUUUGGAACUUUGCUAAAUGUACUCCGAAGACGUGCUGGAGAGGAGGAAAGACUUUUGAAAAACAAAGAUGCAAACAAAGCUGUGUUGUUUCGUCGAGUACUAAGCAAAAUCUCUGCCAAGCUUAGAGGGAGAUCUUCAGAGUCCGCACAGCUGCCGCUGCCACCAUCAUCAUCAUCCUUCAUUAGUUCAAAAUUGAUUCUUAGAGUGCUACUGGUUGCUGGAAUUGCUGUUGCAUGGCAAUACUACUCUCAAUGAUACCAUCCGACUAGGUACUUUUUUAGUGUACUAUGUUUUUUUCUUUUCUUUUCUUUUUGUUUUUGGGGUAAAGAGUGUACUAUGUUCUAAUUGCAUAUAAUUUAUGUACAAUACAAGACUUACUUCCACUGCUCAAUAUACUUGUAUUCAUGUAUGUUUUUAAUUGAUCAAAACAAUACUUGAUUACAUUUAACGCAUGUACA